GUCUAGUAAUCCUAGUUUUGAACUCACCCUAUACGUUGAGCCUUACCAGCCGAGAACGACCAACGCAGCGAUGCUUAUAAAAACGACUCAAGAAUACGCCAACCACGGCAUGCCGCUCGAGUGCGACAUCUACGCCGCCGACGACUCCCCCAGCGAUGCCCCGAUAUUCCUGUACUUUCACCCCGGAGGGCUCGUGAACUGGGGACGCGACUGCGUGCCGCCGUGGCUCGUCCAAGUGAGCGAAUGAUCUGCUUCAAGAGGAAAUGGCCCCUGAUUAGCUUCAGCUACCGCCUCUUCCCACAGACGACUUCAAAGGGCCUCCUCGAGGACGCCAAGGCCGCGCACGCUUUUGCGCGACGUUACCAGACUCCCGAAGGGCAGAGCAGGCGUGUCAUUGUCGGAGGCGGCAGCGGAGGCGUCUUCCCGGCGACUCUGAUCGUCCACAACUGCGAGCCUCCGCCGCUCGCCCUCUUCUCCAUCCAGGGCAUCAACACCUUCCGCCACCCGCACUACACGUCCUCCACGCUCAUCAGCCCCGAGCCGAUCCGUGACGAGGACAUGGCCGAGGCCAUCGCGGGGCCCCUGACGGUCGGCGUGUCCGUGCCCGGCGCCGACAACGUCUUUCGCAUGGACAUGCUGCGGCGCGCCGACGCCUCCCGCAACCCGGACUACUCCUACGAUGAGGCGGAGGAGCAGCAGCCGCCGCCGCCGCGGAACCCACGCAGCGGCAUGUACGAGUACUACACGCACCGCAACGCGUGGCCCGGCAUGGUGGGCGACGUCGACGUCGGGUUUGCGUGGGCGAGGGAGGAGGAGAAGGAGGAGGAGGAGCGCGGCACGGCCGAGGCGAGGAGGGCCAGGGUCGCGCGGUGGCCGCCGACGGUCAUCUUCCACGGCGACGCCGACGUGGCGGUGCCGCUCGCGCUGAGCGAGCAGAUGAGGGACUGUCUCGGGGAGGACAAAGUGUCGCUGUUCGUAGCGCCGGGACAGGAGCACCUGUACGACCUGACGAGGUUCAUCGAGGACCCGGCGCCGGAGAUGGACGUCGUGAGGCAGGCCGUGGCGCGGCUCGACGAGAUUGUCGUCCAGGCCAGCAGGACACAGUAGUAUCCCAGCGUCAACACGAUUCUUAUACUUGAC